GCCAGCUUCGCCCGCGGCGUCUGCUGCGCGGGGCUCGCCGACGCCGACCCCAACGUUGCGCGCGCUGGCGUUCUUGCGGGUCGAGAUCAGGCCCUCUGGCAAGAGCCGCGCCGCCGUCCUCGCCGCCGUCGGCAGGGGCUACGACGCCGCGCUCCUGGCGCCGCGCGACCCAGCGCGCAUGUUGCACAGGGCCGUCUGGGAGCAGUGGCUCCCCAGGCAGGCCCUGGACAAGGUCUUCGCGGCUGCCGCGGCCGCUUCGGGCAGCUGGGCCGACUGCCGCGGCCCCGUGGAGGCCGCUCUCCUCUCGAUGCGCCGCGCGGGCUGGGGGGCGGCUUCGCCGGGCGCGCGGGCCACGCGCGACGGCUCCCACCGCGGCGUCAGCGACGCCAGCCCGUGGCCCACCAAAGAGGUGCUCGGCCGCAGCUGCGAGCGCUGGCAGGCCAAGCAGCCCAGCAAGCACGACGCCUCCUGGCUCGACGUCGGCAUCAACUUCGGCCCGCUUCGGCGGUGGAUGGCAAGCGGCAGUGGCGCCUCCCAGGAAGCGCGGGGCUGGCCCAGCCUCAGCAGCGAGCAGCGCGGCUACCUCAGGUCCUGCAUCGUCGACGGCCAGUGGACCAACGCCAGGAAGUACGGCAACGUCGGCGACGUCUGGCACAGGUACCUCUGCUGCAGCGCCAUUCAGGACCACGGGCUCAGCCUCCCGCGCGAGAUCGCCUCGCUGCUGCCGCAGAAGGGCAACGCGGUCGUCCAGAACCUCGUCGAGCGCGUCCUCUCCCCAGCCCUGCGGCCCCAAUGGAGGCCUCCCAGCGGCGGCUUCCUCGACCGCCACCGCUGGUGCUGCGGCGAGCCGAGCGAGCCCUUCGUCGGUCAGCCACUCUACUGCGACGGCACGCCGUGCGACGCGCAGCUCGCCGAAGGCCGCGGUGCGCAGGCCGCGGCAGCGGUCGUCGAGCUUCCUCCAGACCCUGAGGAAGUCGACCCAGGCGCUGGCAGCCGUACCAAGGCGCUGGGCGCGCCUCUUGUCGGGCCCUGGCAGAGCAUCGAGGGCGCGGAGCUGCUGUCGGUGCUCAUCGUCCUGUGGCACGCCAUCCCGCCCAUCGAGCUGUACUGCGACGCCAGCUUCGUCGUCGACGGCGUCAACCUUCGGGGCGAGGCCCGCGCGACGCCGGCAUCCUCAGCGCGGGGGCAUCUCUGGCGGCAGGCGCGGCAGGCGCUCCACGAGUUCGGCGGCGUCGGCCCUGUGGGACUCACUAUCGUCAAGGUCAAAGGCCACGCCGCCCUCGCCCACGUCGCCCGCGGCAUCAUUACGAAGAAGCAGCGCCGUGGCAACUACGAGGCCGACCGCGUCGCAGGCGGGGUCGCCUACCACCUGCGCGCCCCCUUGGCCGAGAGGCGGCGGCGGCUGCGCGCCCAGCUCCUCGUCGACGGUGUCGCGCACUGGGCGGCCGCGGCAGGUGUUCCCGCGGCUGCCGACAGACUCAACAGCGCCCGCGGUUACGUGGCCCGCGACGAAGCCAACGAGGACCGCCUCCGCCUCACCGAGCACUCGUUCGUCACGCUCGCCUUGGGCCACUGGCGCUGCACGGUCUGCCUGCGCACGGCGCGCACCACGAGGAGAGCUCGGCCCAGAUCGGGGCCAGGACCCCGCGCCGAGUGCGGUGGGGCAGGCGCCCGCGACCGCAGCGCGCGCGGCUCGGCCCGCGGCCGGGGCUCCGCGCCGAGCGCGGGGGGCCAGCCGCCCGCCCCCGCGGGGGCCACCGCGGCCCAGUGCGACGCCGCGGCCAGCGGCCAGGUCGGGGCCAGCCUGGCUUGCGAGCGGGCCUCGGAGGAGGCCGCGAGGGCGCGCGACGCCCUCGGCCACAUCGUGCAGCGCGCCUUCGGCUACGCGUUGUGCGCGCGGUGCCACGCUUACGCCAGGGGGCGCCUCGGCAGCAUCAGGGCCCCGGCAUCACAGUGCGCCCCACACGUGGGCGAAGCGGGGCGCAUCCGUCGGCUUCGGGUCGACCGCAUUCGCAGCGGCCUGCGCUCCGCCAGCUCGGCGCGCCUCGCGGACGACGCGGCGGCUGGCGAGGCACCUGGCCUCCCGAGAGCGGCCGCCCCCGCUCCGCGGCCGCGCUAA